AUGGUAUGUGGGAGUACCUAUAACAACAUCGUUGGAGAUUGUGGACAGCGUCAUCGGGACUUUCCACUUACUCACAGUUGUACUAUGAGAUUACUACAACAUUUUAUCUGUGUGGCAUUCGUGAUCGGUGUGGCAAUUGCUCAAUCUGACAAUGAAUGCCGUACACCAAAUAAUGAGAAUGGUGUUUGUAUUGAUAUAAGAAAUUGCACAAAGUUAAUAUCGUUACUACAAGACCCAAAUACCACUGAAUCUGAUAUGAUACUUCUUCGCAAUUCAAUUUGUGGAUUUGAAGGUAAAACUUCAAAAGUUUGCUGCCCAUUGGAUAAAACAAUUCCAGAGGAUACAUUAUCAUCACAAAUUACGUGUGGACAAAGGCAGCUCUCUGCUGAUCGAAUAAUUGGAGGGAGUCAAUCUCAAUUAGGUGCUUGGCCUUGGAUGGUAGCUCUUGGUUAUCAAAAUUUAAAUAUGAAUAAUAAUUCUCUACAGUGGCUGUGCAGUGGAACGCUAAUCGCGAAUACAUACGUAUUAACAUCCGCCGAAUGCGUAAGAGAUCGCGUUAAUAUAAGACUGACCACUGCGCGAUUGGGUGAAUUAAAUUUGGAUCCUAGUUUCAAUGACGGCGCAACUCCAUUGGAUGUCCCGAUUAAACGUAUUAUAAUACACGAAGGGUACACCUCUGAAGGGGUUUCCAAUGAUAUAGCAUUACUAAAAUUAAACCAUAGUGUUGCUUACACUGAAUUGAUCCAACCAAUAUGUUUGCCAUUGUCAUCGGAUGUGAGAUUCAUUAAUUUGAAAGCAAUUAAUAUGCCGUUUGUUGCUGGUUGGGGUUCCAUCAAUUCUCCAUCAGUAUUAAGUGAAGAACGCAAUACACAUUUGAUGGAAGCUCAAAUUCCUAUAACGAAUACCACGGACUGUAAAUAUUUAUAUAAGAAAAACAAUAUUGUAAUCGAUGAGAAAAUUAUAAUAUGCGCUGGACAUCCGAAGGGAGGAAAAGAUGCUUGUCGAGGUGACUCCGGUGGACCUAUGAUGUUUUUCAUCAAAAAUCAAUACUAUUUGAUGGGCGUAGUAUCUCGUGGACCUAAAUUAUGUGGCGAACCAGGUUAUCCGGGAAUAUACACAAGAGUGUCUUGUUUUACCGACUGGAUUACCAGAAGACUGAAUAGCAGCUAG